CUGAAUGUCACCAAAAGUGUGAACCAAUUGAAUGGACGACAAACACAAGAAGUGUCGGCAAAGGCUCGCAAAGCGGUCGGCGUAUGGCUUAUGACAUGCGGUGGACUCACUUUCGGGACGGUUCUCGUCGGAGGUGUCACUCGUCUCACCAAUUCUGGCCUCUCUAUUGUCGAUUGGCAUCCAUUCAAAGAGUUUCCUCCGCUUUCGGCCAUUCAAUGGACGCAAGAGUUUAACAAAUAUAAAAUGUUUCCCGAAUUCAAAAUUCGGAAUAAAGACAUGACAAUAGAAGAGUUCAAAUGGAUUUGGUAUAUGGAGUACAUCCACAGAAGUCUUGGCCGAGUCAUUGGUGCCGUAUAUGUAAUACCGGCCACUAUUUUCUGGUAUAAGGGAUGGUUUGCCAAAGCCAUGAAACCCAGAGUUCUUAUAUUUGGAGCCCUUUUGGGGUUUCAGGGUUUGUUGGGUUGGCUUAUGGUUAAGAGUGGUCUCGAAGAGAAAACUGAAUACCAAAGAGAUCCCAAAGUUAGUCACUACCGAUUGGCCGCUCAUUUGGGAACAGCUUUUGUUUUCUAUUCACUAUUAUUAUGGUCUGGUUUGACUCAUUUGUUGCCUCCUUCACAGAUCGAAAACAGCGUAAAGUUAAUGAAGUUUCGCAGAUAUACUCAUAUGACUAAAGCGCUAGUAUUUGUAACGGCAUUAUCGGGUGCUUUAGUCGCCGGAUUAGAUGCCGGUUUGGUGUAUAACUCGUGGCCAUUAAUGGCGGACCGAUUCAUACCGACUGACAUUCUCUCACAGUCUCCCAAAUGGAAGAACUUCUUUGAAAACGCGACAACUGUUCAGUUCGACCACAGAUUGUUAGGAGAGUUAGUGUUCGUCACCACAACAGGGCUUUGGCUUUAUUCAAGACGUUUGCCAUUAAGUCCGCGAACGCGUCUCGCAGUCAACUGUCUAAUGGCUGCCACUGUAUUACAAGUGGCGCUCGGCAUCACUACUCUAUUACUAUACGUACCCAAAACAUUGGCCGCAACCCAUCAAUCGGGAGCUCUAACUGUCCUCUCGAUAGCCAUUUGGUUGAGCCAUGAAAUGAAACUUUUAAAAAGACUUCCAAAAUAAUCAUACAUUUAAUGUAUUUUAAAUUAACGGCUCAAUCAGUUUAACAUUCAUUAAUCUUUUUUUAAAAUGAGAUAUAUUUGAAAAUAUGUACUUUAAAGUUAUAUUGAUUACAAUCAGACAUAAUAAACAUGUUCAUUAGUUUUGUUCAAAACAGUUAACUAUUAUCAUAACUCCUAUUCCGAGUCCAAUCGCUAUGAGUUGCC